AUCACGACUAAACCCCUAGCCCUGCUACCUCCCGCUUCAGGUGGCGAUGCUUGGACACUGCAUGGAUGAAAACCAUAGUGGAUGCUGAAACACAAACCAGUUCACCGAUCACCUUGCUGUUGUGUCGAGUAACAAGAAGAAGGUGAACCAUUGAAUUAUACUAGUGAAAGAGGGCAGCUGCCUGAGAAUGUGGACCCAAGUGGUAAUCCUGGCUGCUGUGUCAGCCCUGGCUGCAUCACAGACACCAUGUGAUUCGCCAGCCCAGUGGGACGCACACGUGCACAUGUUCGAUCCGGACCAGGGUCAUGAAUUCUACGUGCGUGGCAGCUAUCAUUAUGACAAGACGGGCCAGAGAAAGGCACGCUUUGAGCAGGUCCAGGAGGGCACAAACUCAUCCUACGAGUUCGUGGAGCAGAUCGACCUCUACAACGAGAAAAAGCGCUAUCGGGUGAAUGUCAAGACGCGUGAAUGUCAAGUGUCCACGCUGGAUCACCCGUUCCAUACUCACGAUGUACCCACCGGCGCUCGCUUCCGUGGCCUCUACUACCUGGGGUCUGAUGCCGUGGAAGAGGGAGUGGUCGAGAUGUCGCAGUGGGACUACUUGUGGUCCACACGCGGUUUCUUCUGGGAUGGAUCCUUCACCACCCACGGCUGCAUUCCAUAUCAUUCAAACCGCUUCAACCACACAACGUUCGGCGCCAUCUUUGAGUCGUUCUCGGAUGUAACGCCAGGCAUUCGGGAUCCCAAUGUCUUCAUUCCACCACCACAGUGCUUUGGACAUUAAACCAGUUGCCGCGGCGUGUGUGACGAGCUGAACUACGCUGAUGUGCUGUGUGAUUGUGCCAAUGCCGGGCAAUGGCAGUCCUCUUAGAAACCCCUGUCCCCGUCUCGUAUCCGGAGUCUUUGUCAGUGUCACAAACGCUGUGUGGCACGUCACAGCUUUAGCCCACGUGAUGUUUUUGUCACUCGUUUCUCAGCUUGUGUUGGCGUCUGUGGAAUGUUUGUGACAAGCUGUGUGUGAUGCGGUGGCGGUGUUCAGUGCAUUUCUGUCGGUGGUGAGUGACGCAUCGUUUCGUAUAAUUAUGUAACUACACCUAUUGUAUGUAUUAUAUCACUCUCAAAUAUCCACAAUGUGAUUUCCGCAAGUGCACAGCCAUUGUACGCUAUACCAACCUUUGGACUCAGA